AUGCCUGCCCCGCAACUGUUGGGAAUAUAUCCCGUCGAAUCGGUACAGGAGGUUCACCAGUCGCUUCCUCUCGACCCCCUCGGUCCCGGGGCCGCCGACCUGCUCGCCGGUGAUGUCGAGUACCGCCUCCACUUUCUGCUCCAAGAGGCCAAAAAGUUCAUGGUGCAUGGCAAGCGGUCGACUUUGAUGCCAGAAGAUGUGGAGCACGCGAUGGAGGCGCUCAAUGUUGAGCCCGUCAUUGUACCCCCACGACCGCUGCCGCAGGCCCAGUUCCACGCUGUUCCGGUCCCAUCCGGUACCGCUGGAUCGUCACAGCAGCUCUACCACGUUCUUGAUGACGAGAUCGACUUUGCGACGUACUUGCGCGAACCGCUGCCUCCCGCGCUCAUCAACUCGGCUGGUGUCAAGUGGAAGGCACAUUGGCUGGCUGUAGAGGGCGUUCAGCCUGCCAUCCCGGAGAACCCCGCCCCAAGCUCGCGUGCUGGCCCAUCGCGACCGCAGGCAACGCCAACGACUGGCGCUGCUUCCCUCAGGCCAAGUGCCAAGGCGCACCUCACCACCGAGCUUCAGCUCUACUUCUCGCGUCUUACUGCCGCCCUCAUCCCUCCCACAUCACAGCUCCCCAACCUGCCCGGAAACCCUCCCAGCAACGCAACGACUCAUUCGUUCCCCGAUGCCGAGCGCCAUCGUCUCGCUGCCCUCGGAAGCGUGCGGUCCGACGCUGCAGUGGCCGGUGUGCUCGCGUACCUCGUUCGCUGGGUCGCCGAGAGUAUCAACAAGACUCUCUCUGGUGCUACGGGUACGAUUGGCUGCCUGAUUGACGUUGUAGAGGCCAUCCUCGACAACGAUGUGUUGUUUGUCGAGCCUUAUCUGCACCAAUUCCUUGGACCACUGCUGUCCAUCAUCCUGACUGUUCCCCUUGGUCCCCACCCGCCAUCCUCGGGCGGUGGCCAGCCUACGCCCUUCGAGCUGCGUACUCGCGCAUCCGAUGUCCUGGCCAAGCUGGUCACGCUCUACGGCAAGGGCUAUCCCGGUCUCGUUCCUCGUCUCCUCUCCACACUCAACCGCGCACUCCACUCUUCGCCCUUCCCCUCUCCUCUUGGUGCCGAGUUCCCGCCUGCUGGUCGUUACGAGGGUGCUGUACUCGGUAUCACCGCGCUCGGCAAGCACGCCGUCAAGGAUGCGCUCUGGGGCGAGCACGGCGAAAAGACUGAUGUCGUCAACAACCUCGUGGCCAUUCUGUAUCCCGGUGAUGGCCGCAAGGGCAAGACUGGAUUGAUGAAAGCGACGUUCCGCGCUCUCGCCACCCUCGCGCGCCCCAAGCCCACCGACUGGGUGCCCACACCCCCGUCAUUUGACGAGCUCUCGAACUUCCUCGGUCCCAACUUUGCCAAGGCGCUCGAGAAGCGUCCCUGGAUGGCUUUCGAGUUGGCUAGACUGCACAAGGAGGGUGCGGAUAUUAUGGAGACAGACGAGUAA